AGUGGGAGGAAUAGUGCCCCAUCAUUAGUAUCAGUAGGAGGAAUAGUGCCCCAUCUUUGGUGUCAGUGGGAGGAAUCGUGCCCCGUCAUUGGUGUCAGUGGGAGGAAUAGUGCCCCAACAUUGGUGUCAGUGGGAGGAAUAGUACCCCAUCAUUGGUGUCAGUGGGGGAAGGAAUAGUGUUCCAUCAUUGGUGUCAGUGGGGGGUGGAAUAGUGCCCCAUCGUUGGUGUCAGGGGGGGGGUGGAAUAGUGCCCCAUCGUUGGUGUCAGUGGGGGGGGAGGAAUAGUGCCCC